AUGCGGCUUCCGACCCCGAACAUCCUCGGCGCGGGCGCAGCCGGCGCCGCGACCGCAGCAUCCGCCGCUCUCCCUCCUGCGUUUGCGCCGUCGCUGGUGCCGGCUCUGCUGAUUGCAGACGAAGGCUCCUCUGGAAUGGUGAUUGUGAUGAGCGUAGCGGCGGCCGGGGUAGCAGGGAUUGCUCUCGCUCUCGCAUCCAUGCUGCUCGGCAACGCUUGCUUCCAACCGACCCAUCCCGGCCUCGCCGCUGGGACCCGCGCUCUCCGCGGUUCUGCGGGCUCACCGACCGUGUCAGAGCCGGAUGCUUUCGGCGCGGACCUCCUCGGAAAGGGCUGA